UUUACGUGCAACUCUUAAAGUACAUUGUACCUUCUCACACGUACAGUUUGUCUGGCUUUAUUGCCCCAGACAUAUUUAUAGUCGCAUUUCGUUCCGAUCGUAUUUUUGUUUGCACCAUUAUUUUUCGAUUUGAACCCGAUAUACACUGUGUCAAAAUGACACGCUUUGUCACAGAUAAAAUCAAAUUCAAGUGCUUUCGGUAAUUUGAAAUGGCGGCCACCGAAAAUUUGAAAAAAGCGUCUUCAAGAAACAAUCUAGUCAAAAGUUCUUCCGCUUCGCCUUCCAUUUCCCAAUCGGUUCGUAGUCAGAAACCCAGAACUUCAAAAAGUAGUCAAAGUGUUAUUACAAAAAAUGGAUCGUUUAGUUCAGCCAAAGACGCAUCUUUGCACUCGCAACAAGGAUCAAAAACCGAAAAAGAUAAAGCUAAAGGAGACCGCUGUGAGCGCGGGCCUGAUUUAUACAGUCGUGUUUUGGGGCACACCGCCGAUGAGACUAUCCUAACAGGACUCCAGACGGUUAUUGACUUGUGCAACAAAUUAAGAGUUUGUGGAGACAGAGACGAAUCAGGCGACGAGGAACCUGAACGGGAACAGGAUGUUCCUGAAAGAGAUACUCCAAGCGUCAUUUCGGCAGGAUUUCAAAUCGAACCAACCAUGACCGCAGUCGCAUCCCAGACACUUCCGUCAAAUGUGGUGUCAAAUUUAAUGCAAACUUCACAAGUCGACAUUGCUGGACCUAAACCCACAAUGAACACUCUGUUUAUUCAAACAUCGGACACUACACUAAAAUCGGACGCAAUUCAGACGACAGAUCCCGGCGUAAAGUACGAGUUGGUGCAAACGAGCAGUGCGUUACUUCCGAUUGUGAAAUGUCCAGCAGUAAAUUCGUGUAUGACUCAGGUUGAUCCUAUCACAGUUUGCGAACAAGACAGUCCAGGUGAUCAUUGCAUUGCACCACCUGAACCACCCCAAAAAAGCAAAACGUGCAAAUGUUGCAAAUGUUCGGCAUCCACUGUAAUAAAAAAGCCAUCUAAACCAAAACCUGAAAACGGGAAACGGCCGUGUCUUUGUACCAAUAAAAAUCUGUCCAAAUGUCGGUGUGGAAAAAAAGACGCAGAAGUGGUUGAAGAUAAGGAACCCGAAGAAGUGAGAUACGCCGUAACCAAAAUCUCGAAGUUUAAAGAAUACACGACUUUCGAAGUGAUGAAGUCUACAAGACACAAACCACGGCAGAUACCGAAAGGUGUUGAAGGUGUUUUCGUUUUGAAAAAAAAGAAUGAUUCUUCCAAGAAUGAUCUGAAAAGGCGCAGCAAGUCUAAAAGCGAAGUGAACGGAUUAAAUGGUUUGAGGAGUGAAGAGUCGUCACGACGGCAAAGUAUUAUCAGUGAAACCGAGUCAAACUAAAUUAUUAAAAUUGAAUUUGUGAUUCAAAUAAAUUGUUCAUCCUUCUGUUUAUUA